GCUGACCCAUACAUAAUUAAGAUCGGUCGUGUUAAAACUUGAUUUAUAAGAGAAAAUGUAAUUAGUUUACGCGAAAACCUCCUGGUGUGUUAAUUGUGAACGUAAUUGGUCGCAGUUUGCCGUUUUAUAUGCAGCACAGCGCGUAGUUAACUGUUGUGUUUCGCGGAAAGGAAGACGUAUGGAAGUGCAUUGUUUACCAACAAAAGAGGCGGUAAAACAAGGACACCUGGUCCUGGAUAGCGCGUGUAAAAACUUUGUGGACCGGAAUAUCGUGAACAAAUUAGCCAUCCAUCAACUAGAAGGUGUACGUUUUUUGUACAAUCAGCUGCGUGAGUAUACAGGAAUUUUCUUGAACGAUGAGUCGGGCCUGGGAAAGUGUUACCAGAUCGUGGCGCUCCUAUCCGGGACGGCCGUCGUGAGUGAACGGCCGUCAAUAAUUUUGUGCCCAAAUGUGGAACGAACGCAUCAUUGGAUGUACCACUUGGAUGUGUUGUCACCAACGCUUCGCGCCCGGGUGCACCCCAAGUCGCAGCUGGAAGUGGCAAACGAGCUUACCGUGCUGAAGGGCACCGAAUGGCAGUACGCCAUCGUCGACGAAACGCGCGGGUUUAUGACGUCGCCGGAGUUGGAGCGGCUACGAGUACUGGCGGUGCAGAAGAUCAUUUUCCUCAGUUCCAGGGAUCUGCUAGACGAGCUGAUGGUACUGUCUUCGCGGUUGCAGUUUUCGUGUGGAAGCAGUACGGAAGCGUUAAAAUCAAUGAUUGUGCUAGAACGCAAGCGAAAAACCAAAAAGAGUAGUUUUAGACUAUAUUUGUGCAUGAGGCGGUUUAUAUUGCGGCGAAGAGUAAGACAUUACCGUCAACAUUUGCCGUUAGUUAAGAAGGAAGCACAUUUAAAAGCUUUUAAUGCUUGGAAAGUAGCAAACAACAUUGACACAUCGGACACUGUGGCGGCUCCAGAAACUACUCUCUCGUUAGAAUAUAGUAUAUCAACGGCGAGGUCGCAAGAAUCUGCAUUUCUUGCCAUCCGUAGCGUAGCUAUGCCUCCGGAAGUGGUAGAAAGUGCGCAUCGCGAAAGUAUAAAUUUCAGAAAAUCCGCAAUGUUAUCAUCAGAAGAUUCGGAUCGUAUUUCUCCGAAUAACUUGGACAAACCGACCCCAAUAUAUUUUGCUGGCAGCGAACCACUGUUCGAUUUUAACGAAACGAAUACGGAACAAAUGCCUCCCUUGCGUGUUGAAAGCGAUACGUCACCAGAGAACGAACCCGCUCCCGGGGGGAGUGAAAUCAACAUCCCAGAAACGGCGACUAGCUCCGGCGGUGCUAUCGACAUCCCGGAAACGGUCACCGAUUCGGAGGGUUAUUUGCAGUUCGGGCAACAAAUUUCGGAUGGUAGCACUUCGACACAACCCGUUCUGGCCGACGAUCGGUAUCGGUUUCCUGUGGAAAAGUUAAACCAACAACCCAGUACCUUGAAACCUGCGUCCGGAUCGUCGCUUAGCGGAGAAAGCCUUCCCAAUGCUCAACCACCGGUGGUCACAAUCAGUUCCUCUGAUUCCCCACCUAAGUCACCGCCGCUUUUUGAAGACACGGAUAAUGAUACCUUAUCAAUGAACUCGUCAGAUGAGGACAUUUCGUUUUUGAAAAAAUUAGAAAAAUCAGCAUCCAAAAGUUCGCCCAGCAGUAGUGGGGUUCCUCGAAAGACUGAGCUCGUACGACGGCAACCGUCGGUCAGUACACCGAUUGCAAAACUAAUGUAUGGUUCACUGGCGAACGUCACUCCGCAUCGCGAGGUAAACGUUUCGUCGGCCGAUAUAUUUGGCCUUUCGCCAAUCGCACCCGCUGCCCCGGCCUUAGAUAAUGUGUUUGAAAUAACGAAGAAUAGUGCGUUCGCGAAUCGCAUCGUCGUACGCGAGGACGAUGAAGCGGGAGUGCGCACGAUGCAACUCGCGGAUGAUUCCAGCGACGAUGAGGUACAGUUUGUGGAUGAAACCGUUCGGGUGAUCAAUGUGGACGAUCUCACCGGCACUCCGAAAACGAACGAACGAAACAUCAGUCCAGGGGCGGCGCAGCGGACUCCUCCAAGUGGUGGCUCAAAUUUGGGUCUUUCUCCUGGCCGAGGAUGGUUGGGGAAAAGUAAUCGUACGUCAUCGAUAUCACCGCGAAGUAGUAACGUUACACCGACCACUAGAAGAAACUCCCCGGGAAGUGGUGGAAGUGGAAGCACUUUUACACGCGGGGGAGUACCAGUUGUCCGGGAUGCUAAUAGGAGACGUAAGCUAGAGGAACUUUUCAAAGACGUAGAGGGGUACUGUAGUGAUCAUGCGAAAAGAACUCGCCGUUCAAUAAGUGGAUCCAAAACACACAAAAGAUAGCAGUAACAAACCUUACGAGAUUUUAAACACUUUUUAACAAUUGCCUCCUCAUAACCAGAUAACGGGGUCCGCGACAGCCGAGCGGUAGCACCGGUUAGAAAAUUGGCCCAUGAUUGUCGGGGUUCGAAUCCCUAGUGAGACCGGGCCUUCCUCUGUACGAGAGGACUGACGUACACAAGGGAAAAGUCUAGUAAGCCCUUAACGGGCAGGCAUGACCAAAAUAGUGCGUUACGCCAAGAAGAAGAAUCAGAUAACGAUCAGAGUUGUGGAAAAAACAUUAGGUUCUCAUAUUGGUAUCAACGAUUGACCCAAACAAUUUGUAACAAGUUUUAUAAUUUAGUUACUAGAAAUUAUUAGACAUUUAUACAUUUUUUCUUUCAAUUUUAGUUAGUCAAACAAAUUACUUAGUUUUUUUUUUUGU